ACCGCUCUUUCUACUUUCACUAAUUUAUUCUUCGCCGCCGCAAUGUCAAUCCCCGAUGAUGGAUCUCCCGUCGCCAUGGCCAUCGAUUCUUCCACCGCCGUAACCGUCGCCACCACCACCACUAGGAGAGUUCCUCCUCCGUGCUGGACCGACGAAGAAACCGCUGCGCUUGUCAAUGCCUACAAGGAUAAAUGGUUCGCCCUCCGCCGUGGGAACCUCCGUGCGGCUGAUUGGGACGACGUCGCCGCGGCUGUUUCGUCCUCGUCCACCGUGGGAGGUCCGCCGAAAUCAGCAAUCCAAUGUCGACACAAGAUCGAGAAGCUACGGAAACGUUAUCGCGGCGAAAAACAACGGUCUCUUAAUCGACCAGGCAAGUUCUCUUCCUCUUGGGAUUUGUUCCCAAUCUUGGAUGCUAUGGGAUUCGCUCCGGUGACUCCGGCAGCCGUAGAAACUUACGAUCCAGAUGUGGAUCAUGAUGAUGAGAGUAACGGUUUGGAUGGAUUUAGGGUUAGAUCGAAGAGGUCUGGGAAGUUUAGCGGUGGUUACUCUGAUUCACCUCGAGAUGUAGGAGAUGGAUAUGGGGUUAGAUCUAGGGCAAGGAGUAACAUGAAGUUGUAUGGUGGUUUCAAGUCUGAGUUUGAAUCAGAUCACGAUUCAGGAAGUGGAUUUGGAUUGAAAAGGAAAUACAAUGGGAAUCCAAAGGUUAGUGCUGAUUUUGAAGCUGAUUCCGAUGAUGAGAUUGUGUUAGUCCCCAAGGCAACUAGGCUUAGGGGUCAUGGCAAGCCUUCCUCUGGCGAAUUUAGCCAUGGCGGUGGUGGUGGUUUUCCGUUGAAGUCGUUUGGUGAUCGGAAUUUCGCUUCUCAUGGAUUUAAACCCAAGAAUUUCAGUAAGCCUGAACCCAAUUUCUCUCAGGAUCUGGAUUAUGAUGAUGAGUUUGAUGAUGAUAGAGCAGAGAGAGAAGGAUUCAACCCGAGGAUUCAAAGUUCUAGAAGCUCUUCGCGGGUGAAUGGCUACAGCAGGAAGGACGGGAGCUAUCCUCGAAACACUGGUGUUUCCAAUGGCUAUGGAUCGUCUUCUAGGUUCAAGCACGAGCAAAUGAACGCAGCAGCAGAAAUUGAGUCUGACCCGAUUGAUGAAGUUGUCUCUUCUGUUAAGAUGUUGACAGAAAUGUUUGUGAGGGUGGAGAAUUCGAAGAUGGAGAUGAUGAGAGAGAUGGAGAAGUCGAGAAUGGAGAUGGAGCUGAAGCAUUGCCAGAUGAUGCUUGAGUCGCAGCAGCAGAUCAUAGGCGCGUUUGCUGAAGCAUUGAGCGAGAAAAAGAGCACAAAUGCAAGGAGGCCGGUUUCUUAGUAGCAAACUCUUAUUCAAGAGGAAUGAACGGUUCAUAAUAUG